UAGCGUGGCGGGAUGUGGCGAAAGGCCUGCGCAAAGCCGUCCGUUCUUCCCCUACCUUACGCCUCUCCCUAUCACAAAGACGACGCCCGUGGGCUCCCUGCCCGUCUCCUCGCAGCUCUCCGCCCCACACGCACCACCCGCCUGAACUCUUCAAGAAUCCCGCGACAUCUCUCUCCUUAUCGCUGAUCCCUUUUCGCUUCACUCCGUUGGUCCAUAAGAUCACCCUCCGUCGCGAGUCCCUGGUGGUGGAGGUAGAAGGCAUCUUGGGGUUUCUUGGGUGAUGGCCUUCGUCCUCACGGGCAUCCGUUUCCCCACCGCGCGGGCCUUGGGGCUAUCGACACGAUCCGGAUUCCCGAGCCAGAGGACGUGCGGCGCCAAUCUCUCUCCCGUAUCCAAGAAGCAGAUUAAGGUGCGGUUUCCGGUUGCUUCUGCAACUGGAAAGUUGCUAGUUCCAGGUACUGAAAGUGAUGAUCUGUCUUCCUCCACCACCCUGAAUUCAAACAAGGAAGCUGCAUCAAGUAAUCUGCAGGUAUUGCAAGAAACAAGUGGUGUGAAGAUUGAGGACAACAUUGAGCUUGAAGCAGGGCAGACAUCCAUCUCCUCUGAACUCAUUGGUGAAGAAAGUAUGAAUCAAGGUGACAAAAGCUCAGUUUCUUCUCAAGCCAAAGAAGAAGUCGAGGAUGUUGAGGAAAAACCAAGAUUUGUUCCUCCACCUGGUACUGGACAAAGAAUUUACGAAAUUGACCCAUCUUUAAAGGGUUACAGAGUACAUCUUGAUUACCGAUAUAAUCAGUACAAGAAAAUGCGCGAGAUGAUUGAUCAGUAUGAAGGUGGUCUGGAAGCGUUUUCACGUGGAUAUGAGAAAUUUGGCUUUCAGCGAAGUGCUAGUGGCAUCACUUAUCGGGAAUGGGCUCCAGGCGCAAAGUGGGCGACACUCAUAGGAGACUUUAACAAUUGGAACCCCAAUGCAAAUGUCAUGACUCGGAAUGAAUACGGCGCUUGGGAGGUCUUUUUGCCUAAUAAUGCCGAUGGCUCGCCACCUAUUCAUCAUGGCUCACGUGUAAAGUGUUUCUCUUAGUAAGGGAUGGUGUUGGAUCAAAUUAUCCUGAGUCCAGCUGAUUCAAGAAGCACCGAACCUUGCAAAACUAUUUCAAGAGUACGACUAAUAGAGCUGUCAAAAGCUUAAGAGUUAGCCUUCCAGUGAGUUGAAUGUCAAAUCUGUAAGGGUCAAUUGUUUUAGAGAUGAGUCUCUCUAACAAUAUAUUUGAGGGACUUUUUAUAGUAAAAUUUUAGACCUUUGCACUUUAGCAUAUGUUAUAAUGUCGGGAGUAAUUUUACAUCUCUUGCAGAUUUGGGUAUAAUCAUUCUAUACUAAAUUCGAUGAAUACAAUAUGCACAUUGAGUGCAGUUGUAAUAUUUAAAGUGUGAAGUCAGACUAUGUCAAUAAUUGUCCAUACAUCAUUAUUCUUA